AGGGAGGAGGAAAGAUUACUUUGACACUUUGCUCCCUGUCAUAUGACUUCGAGCUUCAGCCCACAAACAGCGCUCGGUUUCCCGUCAGCUUCUUGCGUCUCUCCGGUGGCUGCUGGUUCCCUCCAAACUACUCUGUCACCAUGUCCCGACGUGCUGCGUUUGUUUUAUUCCUUGUGCUUGGAAUCGAAUUCCACCUAUCGUGUGGCACAGAAGUGUCAAUCAAUGAUACAGAUGGCAAAUUAUGCCUUUAUGCCAAGUUGAUGGCAACCUUUUCAGUCACAUAUGAAGUUGCUGGUAACCAGAGUAACACGACCCAGUUUGAGCUUCCUAAUGAUGUUGCAACAAAUGAAAGUAUAUGCGGCAAUACAACCUCAACAUUGAAGCUUCAGUUUGGAGAGGGACACUCUUGGAGUGUUUCAUUCUCUAAGGAUGGAGAAAUGUACCAGGUUGACUCAGUCAUGCUUACCUACAAUCUCAGUGACAUGACCAUAUUCCAUGGUUCCAUAUCAAAUGAAACAGUGUUUGCAAAUGUGACGGCUAAUAUUACAGAUGUCAGCAUGGACACCUGCUAUGCCUGUAAGAGUAGAGACACAUUUCAAAGUGAAAUGGUCAACCAAACACUGUGGAAUGUCCUCAUACAGGCUUUUGUCACAAAUGGCAGUAAGAGCGAGAACCUAACUGUGUGCGCUGCCGAUCUAUCUUCAACUACAGUUCCACCCACCACUUAUGUCACCAAUGCAACCACCUCAGCACCACCUAUAACCAAUUCUACUCAUGCUACUUCUGUGCCUACUACACCAACCCCUACAGCACCCCCCCUUCCUAUACCCACCACUGAGAAUUACAGCGUCAAGCAUCAUGGGAAUGGUACAGCCUGCCUGUUGGUGAUGUUUGGCCUGCGGAUUGGUUUCAAGCAAGCAGAGAAAUAUCAGGAAAUGAACUUUGACCCCAAAGGGGCAAAAGCCAGUGGAUCAUGCGGAGACAACAGCAGCCAGCUGGUGUUGACGUCCCAGGCAAUCACCAUCAUGUUCGAUUUCAACAGUGACACAAAGAAGUUCCGCCUCCAUGCUCUGAAUGUGACUGUAAACAUGAGCUCUGGUGUGGUGUUCAAUGACGUUAACAGCAACCUGAGUCUGUGGGAGGCAUCUGUGGGCAGCUCUUACAUGUGUAAAAAGGAGCUGAACAACACCAUCACUGACCAGUUCACCCUCUACACCUUUGACCUACAAGUGCAGCCCUUUGAAGUCAAUAUGGGAGAGUUUAGUACAGCCCAAGAAUGUUCACUGGAUGACACCAGCAUCUUAAUUCCAAUCAUUGUUGGCGCUGUUCUGGCUGGCUUGAUUGUCAUUGUAGUGAUUGCUUAUGUGAUUGGUCGAAGAAAGACCUAUGUUGGAUAUCAGACCCUUUAAAUCUAUUUUGCACUUCCAUCUUUCCAUUGAUAAUGAAAUAUCAUGGGGUUCCCAAGCCUGGUCCUUGGGGUUUAUGUGCAAUUAAUUAUUUUGAAAAUAGCUUUUCAUUUCACAAGUCUGAUUUUUAAAAACAGUCUCCGGCGUUUGAGAAAACCUGAGAUGUGUGUUUAUUUUUAUUAUUUUUUUUGUUUGGAAAAAAAAUGGAUUUUAUUUACUCUUUGUAUUGAACUUUAUCUUCGGACAAGAGAAAAGAAUGCAUGUAGAGCAUUUUUAAUUGGAGCUGCCACUAAAUCAAAUGCAAAAGUAAAAUCUGUGAAGAUUUGGUAAGGUUUUGUAUUAUUCUCAAGGACCAAACUUGUCUACCCUAUUUUUGUUUUCUUUGUUUUAUUUUCUGUUUUUUUUUACUUUUCCUUUUAAUUCUUUUGUUUUGUACCCCCCACCCCUGAUAUGACCAAGUGCAAGAUCAAUGGAAAUUGCUUUUAAAAUACAUUGUGCAAAAGAUUUAGGAACUCUAGAAUUGUGAUUUAAAAAUAUAGCUUUUAUUUUUCGUCAACAGAAAAUUUAAUUUCAAAUGUCAAUACACACACCCCACCUCCAAAAAAAAAAAAAAAAAAAAUUACUGAGAUGACAUGUCACAGUUUAAUAUUUAUAAAAUACCGUUACAUAUUUAAACUUUUGACCUCCAGCCAUUUUUUUUUAUUAAAGAAUGGCUUUGAUUUCAGUGUGCCUAAAACAUGCGCAAUGUGUUGUGUACAUAUAGACGAAAGGGUUGUUUAAAAACGAAAAUAAUAAAUUUUCACAACUAAAUCAUGAGAAGACGAUCCAGAUAGUGAAAUAUAUUACACACAAUAAUUGCUUUGUUUGAUAACAAGUCUCCCUGGCCAUCUGUGUAAAGUACAUUUGAAUGAUUAUUUGCUUACCAACAGCUCUAAAGCUGUUGUGUUGUCACAGCAGGAUCAUGCACCUGUUCACUUUUUAUAACGCAAUCUGUAACAUUUCCUCCAUAACCCAAAGGAAGGUGGUCAGGCGUCUUUAUUUGCCCAUUGAUGAGCUUGUUGCACUCCUACCUAAAAAGUUGUUAACUAGCCUGUGUUCCCCUAAUUUUUCAACAAUUUAAUUAGCAGGAGAGGAAAUUGUGUAACAAAAAUAUCUCCAUCAUAUGUCUCCACUCAGUGUGUUCAUUGAACAUCCGCACACAAGCUAAAACCACAGAAAAUCUUGCUGGCUUUUGUUUUGAUGUGCCCCCCUUCUGUCAUUGCUGGAAACGAGGUUGCAUUUGGAUUACAAAUGGAUAGCUGUGCUGUCAUUGUUCAUUUUCAUCACAAAUUUCAAAUGAAUAUAUAUAUAUGCGAGUAAAUGCACUACAGUGAUCUUUACAUAUUUCACAUGUUGAAAGUGUCUCAUUAUUUCACGUAUGUAAAUGCCUGCUCUUUGCAGUUAUAUUACAGUCGUGAACGUGUGCAGGUUGCACUAAUGCAGGGAUGGAGGCAGCAGGAUUUAGGUCAAUGUGCUGCAUGCUUGUUGCUGUCUAUUGCUUCAUGCUACUGUGGAUUUUCACUUUUGAUUCGCCUCUGCAGCGACACUGGCGGUGCUGCACAUCAGAUAUGAGAAUGAGUAGAAUUUUUUUUAAGUUGCUUUAAAAUGUUUUCAUGUGUAGUUGUGUUUGAAUAAUAGCUCCUCCAAUGAGAGCUUUGAUUUAUUUUUAUUUUUUUUUGGCCAUCUCUGUAUUUUUGCUGUCCACAAACUGUUGCCUUUAAAUUAUGAAGAUGGAUUUGCAGCACCAGUGUAAAGACAUAAUGUUAGUCUGCUGAUCUGACUUUAAAUCAUUGCAAUUAUGUACAUUCUUUUAGUUUGAUACAGUACAAACCCCAACUCAUAUUAGUUCUCUCUUUUUGAUAAAGGGCCCUUUUUUGGGUCCUUGAGUUUUUUAAUAGCGGAGAACAUUGCACGUUUCACAAAGGGAAUUUGUACUGCAAGUCCAUCUUUUUUAAAGCUCAGCUAGCGUGCGUUUUAUGUUCUGUCACUGAAGAUGUCAGCUCAUAUAAAUCAGAAUGCAAAUUGUGUGUGAAACAGGCACAGAUCAUUUUUAAGUGAUUUUGUUUUUGUGUGUGUUUUGUUAAAUAAAAGCGUGCUGCUGUUACUGGAUACUUAAGUAAAUGAGUUUGUGAAACGUCGCCUUUCAUUAAAUGUCAGUAAUUUAACUUG